GAAGAGCCCAGGAGGAACCCUCCAAGAAGAGACCCAGAUGAGCCAAGACUAAUCACAUCCUACUGAUAAAAAACCACCCAUGGGAAAUCCAGACCCCGGCAAAGAUCCACGCCCUGUUCUCUGCAAAGUCAUAGCAGUCUUCCUCCUUUUAGCAGGUGCCACAGCCCUCACAGUCUGGCUUGUCUACCGGCCCCACAAACCUCGCUUCCGUGUGGUUGGGGCUGCCAUUUACGACCUCAACGCCACCGCACCACCGUUUAUUUCCACCUCCAUGCAGUUCACCCUCGUCACAAGAAACCCUAAUAAGAGGGUUGACAUAAUAUACGACAAAUUAUCUGCAUAUGUUUCGUAUCGGAACCAGCAAAUAACACCACCCGUUGUUUUGCCUCCGCUUUAUCAUGAGACAAAGAGCACAGUAGCGUUGUCCCCAGUUUUGGGUGGUGUUCCGGUGCCUGUGUCGGCGGAGGUGGUGAAUGGGUUGGUGAUGGAUGAGAGUUAUGGAGUGGUGAACUUGAGGGUUGUACUUUUAGGACGGUUAAGAUGGAAAGCUGGCGCUAUAAGGACAGUGAGAUACGGAGUUUAUGUGAAAUGUGAUGUUUGGGUUGGUUUGAAGAAGGGUAUUGUCGGUCAAGUUCCUUUGCUUGGGGCUCCUCCAUGUAAAGUUGAUAUAUGAAACUUAUAGAGAUCGAUGUAAGCUCUUGGUUUAAAGCUUAUUUUCUUCGUCUACUUCUUCUUCCUUUUUUUUCUAUUAUUAUUUUAUAUAUAUAUAUAUAUAUAUAAAUUUUAGUUUUUUUCCCCCAAAGUAUUAUUACUGAUGCAGAUCAAUGAAGUUUAGAGUAAAAGUAUGAUGUUGUAGGCCAUGAAGUAUUGGCUAAACAAGAAUAAUAAAAGGCUGAUCAUGUAGUCAAUAGCGAUGCUGCUUCUUUAUUUUC